AUGUUGCUUAUCGAUAAGACAGCUUGUCUGGGUCAAGGAGAUAGCAACAAUACAGAAGACGUACAUCAAUUGCCAUUGUCUACACCGAUCCUUGAAGAAGGUAAUUCGAAGGAACUUAUAGGUAGAUCCGAAGGAAUUGUGUACAGGAAGAUAGGUGAAGUGGGAAGUGGUUGCCAAUUUGACGUGCUUAUUUGUGAAGAGAUUAUCAAUGGCAAGGUCUCCGGAGAAAAGGUGGCCAUAAAGAAGAGAAAGCCUACAAAUGCAGGUAAAAAUGCUCUGGAUAAAGAAGUUCUAUUCCAGAACUUGUUCAGAGAGAAACUGAGUGACUCAGCAUAUGAUUAUAUUAAAGGAACGAUAGGGGUACAAGGAUCCCAAUGUCUCAUAUUCGAGUAUCUUGAAGGAGGAGAUAUUGCGCAUUAUGUCAACAGCCCUGUGAAAGGAAGUGAACGAGAAGAACAAGUCGCCACUUGGAUUAGAGAUAUAUUAGUUGCACUUGCCAUUAUACACUCCCUCGGUGUCUUGCAUCGCGACUUGAAGCCGAGCAAUAUCAUUCACGCAGGGAGGAAUGGGACUAGAGCGAAGUUGAUUGACUUUGGCUGGGUUGUUCGGUUUCAAGAACCAGGAAGAAAGGUGAAAGGAGGGGCAGGAUACAAGUUUAGAAGUCCUGAAGGCCAUCUAGAGAACUAUAUAAAUAACAAAGCAGAUAUAUUCGCCUUAGGACUCUGUACCUACAUGCUUCUCUUAGGUCGACACCCAUUUCUUCGUUCGGGAGAAGAUUUUGCGGACAGUGGGACAAGCCGAGCUCUUAUAGAUAGAAUCAGAGACGAAAACAUAGAUUUUGAUCUCCCAGAGUUCAAGUCCUUCUCAUUAGAAGCUGCUGAGUUCUUGAAAUUAGUGCUGCAAAAAGAUCCAGAACAAAGACCUGAUGCAAUAUUGGCACUACAGGACAAAUGGUUCCGAAAGUUUGGACUUGAUCCGAUGAUUAGGCCUGGUGAUUCCUGGUGGGUGAAAUGCAAAUAG